CAAUUGUUUCUUUUCCAAGGACCUGAAAUCUCUCAACUCAAUUUUAACAGCCAUGUUGGGAGGACCUGGUCUCAGUGGGCGCGGCGCUAUGCCCGCUAUUGCCCGCCAACGAUUGUCGGCUUUCACUCGCUCGAGCCGAUCAAUCUCUUCAUUCCGUCCGCACGCCUCUAGGACCGUUUCUCGCUAUGGUCAAGCGAGCCGACCCAUGGCUGGGACUCCCUCGUUGCGCUCUGCAUCCGCGAUUCCUGCUAUCUCUGCUGCUCGUUUCAACUCGACUACGGCCGCCCCGGCAGACGCGCCCACCCCCGUGCCUGUCGACGCUCCCGCCGCCGAACCUGUUGACGCUCUGCCCGAGUUGGCGGACUUUGACUUGACUGCAAUUCCGGAGAAGAUUGGCUACCUCAAAGAACUGGGUCUGGAUUAUGGCUGGGGCUUUUCCUCAACGAUCGAAUGGGUUAUCGAGCAUAUUCAUAUCUGGACUGGACUCCCAUGGUGGGCGAGUGUUGUCGGUACUGGGUUGCUGAUUCGUCUGGCCUUGUUGAAGCCCACCUUCGAGGCUGCAAGUACAACCACCAAACUUCACAAUCUCAAACACAUCACUACCCCCAUUCGAGCGAGACAAAUGCAAGCCUCAUAUGCUUCAGACACUCUCGGAAUGAACAAGGCCCGGGCCGAAAUGCAGGAGCUGCACGCAAAGUACAACAUCAAGCCCUGGAAGUCAUUCGUUCCUAUGCUCCAGAUCCCCCUGGGUUUCGGAUGUUACCGUGUAAUCAACGGCAUGACCCACUUGCCAGUACCAGCAUUAACCACCGAGUCUGUCGCUUGGCUGCAGGAUCUCACAAUUGCGGAUCCCUAUUACAUUUUGCCCGCCAUCAGCUCAUUGUGUUUGUACCUUUCCCUCAAGAAAGGAGGAGAGACUGGAAGCAACGCUAUGCAGAACAGCGAGGUCGGAAAGCUACUGUUCUACGGUCUACCUAGCAUUUCCUUCGCCUUCAUGGCCUUCUUCCCCGCUGCGUUGCAGUUGUACUUCGUGAGCACCAGUAUGCUCGGCACAGUCCAGGCGUACCUGCUUUCUCGGCCCGACUUCCGCAAGUGGGCCAAUAUUGCCCAGUUGGAAAAGGUCGACCUUGCUCCGGGUGAGGAGCAGAAGAACCCCUUUCGCUUGCUCACCGAAAUCAUGGAAGCUGAAAAGGCCAAGGCCCGAGCAGCCGCCCCUCCUCCUCCUCUGGAGCCGGAGGUGAAGAUGAGCUUCAUUGACCGUACGAUCGAGGGAUUCAAGAACUCCACGCGGAAGAUGAAGGAGGAGACAACCACGAAGAUCGACGAGCUGCGUGGUGCUGGACCCAAGUUGAAUGAGGACGGAUCAUUGGCGCCGGCCCCGAGACUUAGCGAGAAGGACCGCAAGACGGCGGAGGACUACGAGAAGCGGAGAAAGGAGGAGGAGGAGUGGAAACGCGAAGAGCGCAACCAUGCCCGACGGGAGGCUCACUUGAAGAUGUUGGAGCAGCAACGCGAGAAAGCCCGCGCUGCCAUGGCUUCCACGAACAACAAGAAACUGCGCCGGAAAUAAUGACACUGGAUGGACUGGACUGGACUGGACAUGAUUUCAGUUUGAAGCGGACUUGGGAGUUGUAUUUAUCUGUAUAUUAUGGGAGCCUGUGCUUCAUUUAUUUUUUGUUUUCUUUCAUCCGGAGAGGUCUUCUAUCUAGUUAUAACUACAUGUUGCUACAGACCCUUUACACUGAAGAAUGC